AUGGCGUUCCCACAGUUACUAAUUGGUAAAGUCGCCGCCAUCACCGGUGGCCUCACCGGCAUUGGACGGGCAAUUGCCCUUGAUUACAUCCGCCAUGGAGCCAAAGUCUCCAUCAGCCACCUCGGUGGCGAAAAGGAAGAUGCGCUUCUAGAAGCACUGCGCAAAGACGUGAACGAGAUCGAAGCCGAAGCAGCCACCCGAUUCCUCACGGUAUCCGGUGACAUUUCACAACCAGAGACAGGCCAGAAUUUCGUCGCGAAGACCGUCGAGGCAUUUGGUCGUCUAGAUGUAUUCGUCAGCAACGCAGGCGUGUGCCAGUUUGCUGAAUUCCUAGAACUCGAACCCUCCCUCUUAAACCAUACAAUCUCAACAAACCUCUCAGGCGCAUUCUACGCCACCCAAGCCGCAGCCCGCCAAAUGGCACUCAUCCAGUCGCCAUCGGGCGGCUCCAUCAUCGGCGUGAGCUCCAUCUCCGCUCUGGUUGGUGGUGCUCAGCAGACACAUUACACCCCCACCAAGGCCGGUGUGCUGAGUCUCAUGCAGUCGUGUGCGUGUGCACUCGGCAAAUACGGUAUUAGGUGUAAUGCGCUCCUACCGGGGACUAUCCGGACACAGCUUAACGAGGAGGAUAUGAAAGAUCCCGUCAAGCGGAGUUAUAUGGAGGGUCGGAUUCCGUUGGGCAGGCUGGGUCAACCGCGGGAUUUGGCUGGGCCGGCUGUUUUCUUGGCCUGUGAGGAAUUGAGUAGUUAUGUGACCGGUGCGCAGCUACUGGUCGAUGGUGGGUUAUUUGUUAACCUACAAUGA